AUUGCAAUGCCAUAGGCAAAUCAUUGUUAGCUCAGUUUAUUAUUCACAAAAAUGUUGACAACUACAACCUGAAUUAUGGAGAAUGCCUAUGAAUUCCUUACUUUGUUUACACAAUAUGGCUCAAGUGAAUGCUCCAGCACUACAGUUUAAGAAUUCCUGUGUCUUUGGAAUCCAUCCAAAAUCGUUUAUUUGCUUUCAGACACGGAGUAGAAGUUUAACCAAGAAACCAUUUGUGAUUGAAGCUAGAGCAAAUGCUAGAAAAGAAAGUGCAAAAAUUCGGAACAGAAGGAUGCAGAAAAAGUAUAAUGGAACAGCUACACAUCCUAGGCUUUCAGUAUUCUGCUCCGACAAGCAAUUAUAUGCAAUGCUUGUAGAUGACAAAAAUAAGAAGUGUUUGUUCUAUGGAAGUACACUGCAGAAAUCAUUCCGACAAAAUCCUCCCUGUAGCACUGUUGAAGCUGCUCAACGUGUUGGGGAGGGACUUGUCAAAGCUUGUGUUGAUCUCAACAUAAAUGAAAUAUCAUCCUAUGAUCGCAAUGGCCUUGGUCGUGGAGAAAAGUUACAAGCCUUUGAGAUUGCCAUUUCCAGUUAUGGAUUCUUGCCAAGAUAGGUCUGCAACUGAUACCGCUUCUAUUUUGUCAAACACAUAUGAAACACUCCAAUGUUGAAGUCAAUCUUAUUAGGGUAGGACAUGCAUGAUCACUUUUCUAGAAUAGCAGGUUGAAAACUUGUGUGAUUGAUCAUUACUAUAAGAUAAACUUAGAUACA